GUCCCUGUGACCGGCUCGGCGUUUGGAGCAGCUGUCGCCAUGUUGUCGGUGGCCGCCCGUUCGGGCCCGUUCGCGCCCGUCCUAUCGGCCACGUCCCGCGGGGUGGCGGGCGCGUUGCGGCCUCUGGUGCAGGCUUCGGUGCCCGCCACCUCGGAGCCGCCAGUGCUGGACGUGAAGCGGCCCUUCCUGUGCCGGGAGUCGCUGAGUGGCCAGGCCGCGAGCCGGCCUUUGGUCGCCUCCGUGGGCCUCAAUGUCCCUGCUUCUGUUCGUUAUUCCCACACAGACAUCAGAGUGCCUGACUUCUCUGACUAUCGACGCACCGAAGUGUUAGAUGGUACAAAGUCUUCAAAAGAGAGCAGUGAGACUAGAAAAGGUUUCUCCUAUUUGAUAACUGCAACAACCAGUAUAGGUGUUGCAUAUGCUGCCAAGAAUGUCGUCUCUCAGUUUGUUUCCAGCAUGAGUGCUUCUGCUGAUGUGUUGGCCAUGUCGAAAAUCGAAAUCAAGCUAUCCGAUAUUCCAGAAGGCAAGAACAUGGCUUUCAAAUGGAGAGGAAAACCGCUGUUUGUGCGUCAUAGAACCAAGAAGGAAAUUGAGCAGGAAGCUGCAGUUGAAGUGUCCCAGUUGAGGGACCCGCAGCAUGAUUUAGAUCGAGUAAAGAAACCUGAAUGGGUUAUCCUGAUAGGUGUUUGCACUCAUCUUGGUUGUGUACCCAUUGCAAAUGCAGGAGAUUUUGGUGGUUAUUACUGCCCUUGCCAUGGGUCACACUAUGAUGCUUCUGGCAGGAUCAGGAAGGGGCCUGCACCUCUCAAUCUUGAAGUUCCCUCAUAUGAGUUCACCGGUGAUGACAUGGUGAUUGUUGGUUAGAGAUCUGGACUCAAGUCCAAGGUUCCUUUCAGUCGUCUUGUCACCUCAGAAGACCUAUGAGCAAGCCUUCUAUACUUAAGUGGGUUGAUUUGAAAUAUUUAAGAAUUGCUGAUAAUGUAUUUGCAAACAUUUAUGUGAAGUAAAUUGAAUUUAAUGUUGAAUGCUUUCAAGCGUUCACCUAAUAAAGCCACUGUUAAACAUUAUUAAGUUCAAAGACUUAAAAGGUGCAGUGUCUUUGAUAGUUAAUUCUAAUUAAAAAUUACAGACUUACCAGAUAUUUGUGAAAUCUGUAACUGACUUUCUCCUUCAUCUUCCUUCUUUAUGUUAGGGUCAACAGAUUCUGCAGAGCUAAUGGUUAGACUGAGGUAAAAUUAGCUGGUCAUUUCCAAGUCCUGGGAGAUGUUUAUGGCAUUGGCAGAAACAGUAGUAUCCAGGUUUCCCUUUUGUUCUUUUACACAUGAGUCCUGGCUGUGUGUGUCCUGCCGCACGUGCCCCCCAGCCCCCGGUCUGUAUGAUGAUGUUGAAUGUAAUCUCUGGGAGAAUCCUAAAUGGGGUGUUAGCAGCUCUGAGGGUUUAGCCCCAGCUCUAGCUAGCUGUUUUCCUGCUAGGAAAUUUUAUUUUUCACUUACGGGAAUAAGUAAUUAGAAUUCUUUAGUUUUAAGAGGCAGUGGUGAGAUAGCAUCUGAGAAAAGCUUUCCAAAAUGGGAGUGCCACUGUUAACUCCUUCAUCUGGUGAGGAUAUUUGUGUUCCCAUUGCUUCUGCAUCCACCCUAUCUAGAGACAAAAGGGGAGUAGUGUAUCUGAGACUACUGUAAAGGAUUCUGCUGGUUUUGUUUCUGCAAUGAUAACAUGUUGAGGUGUUUUCCUUCAGUUGGAUACACAGUCCCCACUUUUCACCGUGAUAUGAAGGUGGUGGGCACAGGAAGACAUCAGAAUUGACACCCUCUUCUUUCUGCCUUCUGCCUUCAAUUACACAGCUGAAAUAAGACAGAUCUGAUAUUCUCCCUGGGAACUAGGAGUAGGCUUUGACCCUUGUUGAGAAUCACAGCUACUUUGAUAAGUUUGCCAUUUGGCGGUAAGUCAGUAAUAUACCACUGGGUCCAUCUUUGAUCACACGUGCAUUUGUAAGAAAGCAAACUAAAUUCAGUGGUUAGAUCUUCCAAAGGGAGCUGGUCAUCCAGGACUCCAGUCUUUAAAACAGUAGCUAAGUGUAUCAAAAAGAAAACUUUUUGUUUAUGAGCAGAUAUUUGGUUCAUUUCUUUACCAUACCUUUACCAUUCUAGAAAGAAAAUUAGCAUGGGUGAUAAAUGGGGCUAAUAAAUAAUAGUAUUUUAUGUUCUGGUAUCUAGGUGUAAACAUGAGACAAAAAGUGCCAAAUAUUGCUAAUUUACUAAAAGUAGUGAAAUUAUAUCAUUAAGUAUAAACAAUAUGGGUGUGUAGUAUUUGAUGUUAAUAUUUGGAGCAUCUUGCAUGAAGUCCGUGCCCCUCCCCCCACUCCCAACCAUGAGGCCAUGAGAAAUUAGUAUGUAUUUGUUGGAUAUUUUGCUUAUCGUUGUAGUGAAGAUUCCUUUUUUCCCUAAUAUAUAUGGGGAAGAUCAUCUUACACUUACACAUGCUGCUUUUUCAUGGUGCCAGUUGUCCACAACUUACUGUUUAAAGCUACACCCAUAUAUUUAUUAUAAGCUGACAAAAUUUGAAGUUGAAUUGUUAAGUUCCUACUUUAAAAUGGCAGCAGGAGCUGUUCAUCACUUCCUCAAGAUACGCCAAUGUAGAAACUGGUAUAUAUUUUACAUUCGUAAAAUUCUUACUUGGAUGGGAUGAUAAGUAAAAAUGCCAGGUUUUAAUUUGAAGGUGAAUUAUUAAGCCUGGAAUGGAAACCUCAAAGCAUUAUUAAAUGAAUCCUUAGA